AUGCGAUUGGCUGAGCAUGUUGGAGGUGAUCAACGAGAAAGCGAUUUGUUAUCAUCCAUAGAAGAUAAGCACUAUGAUUUGAUCGAUGAGAGAGGCGAUCAUGACAUGUCAUUCAAACUGGAUCCACAAGAUGUCAAUCCUGAAAUUUAUACAGGAAUAAAGAAAUUGAUUGCUGACAAAUCUGGACAUAAUAUAAUGCAGUCAGAUUCUCAACCAAACAUAGAGCCUUCAUGUACUUUAUCGACGAUAAUAAAUGUAGAGGAUAAUGUUGAAAGUGAUUACAAAAUAAACAGUACAGGGUCCUCUGAUAAUGAAAUUAUUAUUAUUAACGAAGAUUCCAAUGUUCAGAGCAAGAGAUCUGACACUGUCGAUGCAGUAGGCGAACUACCAAAACUAAGGGAAUACGAUGUUACUAUCGAUGAGAGAUUACCAGAAACCGUGACGUUAUUGACUACACCGGAUGGUGGAAAAUUAUAUUUAGUAGGAACGGCUCAUUUCAGCGUUGAAAGUCAAAACGAUGUGUCAAAAAUUAUACAGGCUGUGCAGCCUCAUAUAAUUGUAGUUGAAUUAUGCCGAGCCAGAGUUGGUAUAUUACAACUUGAUGAAGAAGUUAUGUUUGAUUACGCUAAAAACAUCAAUUAUUCAACUAUUGUGGAUACCAUUAAAGAAGGACUGUAUGAUGGUUUAUUACAUAUUUUAUUAUUAAGGAUGGCAGCUCAAGUUGCUAAACAACUUGGUAUGCCUCCUGGUGGUGAAUUUCGAAGGGCCUUCGAGGAAGCGAAAAAAGUGCCAAAUUGCAUUGUUCAUUUGGCUGAUCGACCAAUUAAUAUAACGAUGCAGCGUGCAAUACGAUCAUUAUCGUGGUGGCAGACUAUAAAGCUAGGAUGGCACUUGGCAGUAAUGAAAGAUCCUAUCACGAAAGAGGAGGUCGAACUCUGUAAACAACGAUCAAUGUUGGAUGAAAUGAUUGCUAGUAUGAAGGAAGAAUUUCCGGUGUUAGGAGAAGUAUUUGUUAAGGAGAGAGAUAUUUAUUUAACAAAUUCUCUGCAAUUAGCCUGUCUGCCUUAUCGUACUUUGAAUUAUACUUUCGAGCCAGCACGAGUUGUAGGAAUCGUUGGUUUAGGACAUACACCCGGUAUUAUUGAAAAUUGGGGUAAAGUCAAGCCUACUGAUAUACCACCUAUCAUGAGAAUACCACCACCAUCGUUGUCGGGUAAAAUUUUAAAGCUGACCAUUAAGACAUCUAUACUUGGUGCUGUAAUUUACGUAGGCUAUAAAGUUUUAGCGGUACCCGCUACUAUCACGUUCCAUUCUAUUAAGUCAUCGGUUGAGGGACUUCUACAGAGUCUCUCGGACUUUUUCGGAUAUUUUUAUUGAUACAUACUGUGGUAAGUAUGGAAGCGAGU